CACGCUACUGAAAGGAAACGAGAAAAAUAACGUUUUAUAUGAGGCUUUGUCAAAUUAUUUAGUGUAGUACAUGCUGAAAAUGGUCAACAUUUUGAUGCCACAUCGACCAGUUAAUAUGAAAUUGUGAUAUCUCAUAGAAUUACAGUGUAAUUGCACUGCACUUCUGGCAUUCCACCUCCAGCAGCUGGUGAUGGCUGCAGUACCGCACGCAACCGCGGCAGCGCCAUAGAACCCACGCUGCCCCGCUAAAGAUGUGAAAAUGGCGGAGCUACAAAUGCUUUUGGAAGAGGAGAUUCCAGCAGGUCGAAGCGCUCUGCUGGAUAGUUUCACCAAUUUGGAAAGAGUCGCCGAGUAUUGCGAGAGCAACUAUGUCCAGUCUCCAGAUAAGCAGCGAGCGUUGGAGGAAACCAAGAACUACACCACUCAGUCGCUGGCAAGCGUGGCCUACUUGAUCAACACUUUGGCCAACAAUGUCCUGCAGAUGCUGGACAUCCAGGCCUCGCAGCUACGCCGCAUGGAGUCUUCCAUCAACCACAUUUCUCAGACAGUGGACAUUCACAAAGAGAAGGUGGCCAGACGUGAAAUUGGCAUCCUCACCACUAACAAGAACACAUCCCGCACACAUAAGAUCAUCGCCCCAGCCAAUCCAGAGAGGCCUGUACGCUACAUCCGCAAGCCCAUUGACUACAGCCUGCUGGAUGACAUGGGCCAUGGAGUCAAGGCAAGUGCUCAGAGCAUGAAAGCUGGUGGUGGAGGUGGACUCCCUCGCACAACCCCCCCUACACAGAAGCCACCCAGCCCCCCUAUGAGUGGAAAAGGGACUCUUGGGCGCCACUCCCCAUAUAGGACGCUUGAGCCGGUGCGUCCUCCCGUUGUCCCUAACGACUACGUCUCAAGCCCGACGCGCAACAUGGCCCACCCCCUGCAGAGCCCAGCACGCAAUGCAUCUGUUAAUCAGAGGAACCGCACGUACAGUAGCGGCAGCAGUGGAGGCAGCCACCCCAGCAGUAGUCGCAGCAGCAGCCGGGAGAACAGUGGCAGCGGCAGUGUGGGUGUGCCCAUCGCUGUGCCCACUCCAGCCCCACCUACUGCCUUCCCAGGUACUACCCAUGUUUCCCCUGCCCCCUCCAACACAACUAAGCCCACACCCAACACUGCCACCACCCCUGGUCCCAUACCCCCUGUCCUUGACGGCCCCACCCAUGCCUCUAACCCACCUACUGAGAUCCCGCAUGUGCCCCCACCCCCUCUCCAGUUCCUUACUUCCACAGCCCCCACUGGCACAGGACCUGUUGCUUAUGGAAACCCUGCACAAGGUGCCCCUCAGUUCUACAGCAUGAACCGCCCGGUGCAGCCGCCCCAGAACACCCAUGUAGGAGGUUCGCUGCCGUACCGCCGUCCCUCGUCUGUCACCGGCCAGCCUAACAUGGCACCCAAUCAGAACCAGCUCAACGGUGGACCACACUUUGCCCAGAAUCAAGGCCCACUUGCGCCCCCUCCCCCCUCCAUGCAGAUCACCCCUCAGCUGCCCCUGAUGGGCUUUGUGGCCCGAGUUCAGGAGACUAUCUCAGAUGCCCCGCCCCCGCCGCCCCUCGCAGACGAGCCAGUCUUUGAGGACCCUACACCUCCACCUCCUCCACCGGAGGACUACGAGGAUGAUGAGGAAGAAGAGGAGUCGGCGGUGGUGGAGUAUAGCGACCCGUACGCAGAAGAGGACCCCCCCUGGGCGCCACGCAGCUACCUGGAGAAAGUGGUGGCCAUCUACGACUACAGUCGGGACAAAGAAGACGAGCUGUCCUUCCAGGAGGGCGCCAUUAUCUACGUGAUCAAGAAGAACGACGACGGCUGGUACGAGGGCGUGAUGAAUGGAACCACAGGCCUCUUUCCGGGCAACUACGUUGAAUCCAUCAUGCACUACGCUGAUUGAGAAACACCCCUCCCCCUCCUCUGUGCAAUGAGGGAGAAAAGCAGUAAAUUGGGAAGAAGAGGAAUGAGGGGAGCCAAGGGUUAAAGGUGAAAGACUUUGAACAGACAGAGCAUGAUCACCUCUGGAAUGAGUUGGAACGGAGAGUCGACCCCACUCAUCCUCUCCACCUUAACCACCACUAUUAUGUUUCUUUCUGGCCAAUCUGGAUUAAUUUUGGAGAGUUUGUGUUACACAACGAGGCAUUUUCUUUCAUUUUUUUUCAGCCAAAUUGCCCUUAUUCUGGAGUACAAUAUUUAUUUUGAUUUUUUUUUUGUGGGAUUCUUGUGUGUGGUGCAGGCAAAAUGGCUGCUGAAUAACGAGAUUUCCAUGUUGUGGAGAAGGCCUUCACAGGCCAGAGGCUUUGGAGAAAAGUUUUCUCCUUGAACAAACAUGAAAACAGGCAACACAUGUUUUUAUGUGGGUGGGGAUCUUGUUGGGGUGCCGCACCAACAGUCACGAUAAGCACAUACAAUGUGACACUUUGCGACAAGGAGGUGGGUCAAAGAUAGCAAUGUGUAUACAGUAUCCUAUUACGUUUACACUAAUAGAUGGCCACAAGACCCUCUAAAGAGGUGAGGAGUGAAAUUCUCGGUUGCACAAUGGUGGUUUGUGUUGUGUGCAGCUUCUCUCCUGAAUCAUAGAAGUUUAUUAGCUCGAGUGGCAAGGUCAGCCUACAGCUCUGGCUACUCAGUUGCAGUGUUCUGAAGCAGUGGGGAUGAAUUUGAUUUUGUUUUAGUUCUUCAAAAGGAAUUGCAGAGUGGCAUGUUUCUGCUUGAAGGAAAAAAAAUGGCUCUGUUGUGAUUUAUGUCUUAAUAUUUUUAGGUAUGGUAUGACUUUAUUUUCCACCAAUGAUUUAGGUCAAUUUGAAGACACUUGUGCCAUAUUGAGAUGUGUGUUGAACAGAGUGAGACGGCUCCCCCUACCCCCUUCCACUUUAUCAAGUUGUUUUAACCAAAAGAACAUGCAUUUUUAGUAAAAUGAUGUAGAACAAAUGUAAAAUUGACAUGUAUUAUGUCCUCCAAACAAGAGUUAUUGAAGAUGAUAAGACAGCUGUAGUGUUGGAAUGGUUUAAACUGUCACAUUUGAUACCUCUUGUGAGCAGUUGUAUCAUUUUAAAUGCGGCUGGCAUUAUCCGGUAUUAGUGUGGCCUCGGUUCUUAAGCCAGAAACUUUUAUUUUCUAUAUUUAAAAAAAAAUAAAAAAAAAAAUAUUCCAGUGGGUCUGUACGUGAGUCUUGCAUGCCAUUAUCUGUGCUUUCCUAUAAACCCACAUGGCAAAAUCAGUCAUUAAGUAAAGAAGCAGUCGUGACCCGCCUCAUCCAAAAAGACUGUUCAACUUGUGUUGGAGUUCACAUCCAAAGACUUGCUCUCUAAACUCGGGGGUGAGGAGGAGUCAGUUUUGGAACAUGAAAGAUGAAGCGGGGGGAGCUAGAGGGCCUGAUGGGCAGUCCAUGAUCAAUCCAUGAUGCCAUUGUGUUGCACAUUUGAAGUUAAUUUGCAGAAGUCUCAUAUUUGUAAAAUCCAGAGAACAAAGACAAUAAAGAUAUAAAGAUUCAA